ACGAGGCGAGGUCGUCAGUUCUUUUCUUGGUUAUUAACACUAAUCCUAAAUUAAAGGUGAGAUCAUGGUUGAAUACGUGAGCAAUUGCAGAAUAAUUUUGCCAUAAGUGGGGGUGGCUGAUUACACUACACAUCAUUAUAUGGCUUGAGGUUGAAUAAGGAGUGGUAGGCGUUAUAUUGGUCUCAAUCAAUUAACUUUAAUACCGAGUUUUGAAGAGCAGACUAAUAUGUAGCACAGGUUUAAAUUGAUUGCGUAUUAUAUUUAUCCUUAGUGCUAUCAGUGCCUAAGAGGAGUGGUCUUGCUCAGCCUAGGGUGGUACAACAUGUGCAAUAACAAUGCCAGUCACUAAAAUCCAGGUAAACAACCCCACAACAACAACUACCAAAUGCCACCAAUAUGUACAUGUGCAGAAUCAUUCCAUGAUAAUUCCAUACCUAUUCUGAAGCUAAAUCAUUUAAUCACAUCCAAGAAGAGAGUAUGCAGAAAUGAGAUGGUGAGCAAACUCAUCAUCAUCAUCAUCAUCUGCACAUUUUCCAAUUUCCUCAUGUCCGUAACCCUCUCUACAUAUGUACAUGCACACUUUGAAAUCACAUCCUCACCUAAACUGUCACAAAAUUACUCUGCGAGAAAUAAAAACAUAUAUAUCUAUAAUACAUCAUUGCACAUGAUCAAUAAUUUGAGCAAUGGAAGCGACUCGUAUAAAAUAUAGGUGAGAUCCAAGGAGAGAGAUUAGUUGGGAGGGAGGCAGCCGCAACAGGAAGGUGAGCUGGUAAAGACACACGUGCAACGCUGCUGCUCCUGAUGCGAGAGAUUAUUUGCAUGCAAAACUUAUACAACAAGUAAUAAUAAUAAGUAUACCAAAAAAGCAUGCCAAUCUCAAUCACAUCAACAAGUUCAAACUCUUCUCCUGCUGCUGCUGCUGGUGUGCGAAGGCAUAGUUCUUUCGUUGUAGAGACACCACCAUCCACUGCUAAACUACUACAUCAAAAGAAUAACGCUUCAAAAAAACAGAAAAAUACGAAAACCACACCCACCCCGAUACUCUCGAGGGCCUGUUCCAGCUCAGGAUUACUAGUCAAAUAUAACGUAAAGGAUGAGACUACGAAGGCUUCACUGGUCCCGCCACCGGAAGGAGAUCCCCGAAAGAGUAGAAGAAGAAAAAGAAGAAACCCAUUAACCAAUGCCUUUGAAGAUGAGCAGACGGAGUCCCUCUACCAAAGAUACCUGCUUAAAAUCUCUACCACGACGGUAAAAUUAGUCACGGUCAUACUAACGUUAUCCACGAGUGUGGACCUCAUCGCAGGACUUUUCACUCGACCCACGUUCCAACCAUGGGAUUUGGUACUCGUGGCAGGCAUUGGAAUUGGGGCUGUGCUACUGAUCACAUUUUCCACUCGAUCCUCCAAAUUUAUACGGCGAGUGACGCACCCAGUGCACUUGACCCUGACAAGUUUCUCCUUAGUGGUGAUGUGUUUCCUCCGGUUUGUUCAUGGCUUGGGGAAUUUAAACGAGUUAGUGCUGAGUGUUUUUGUCGGCUGCGUGUGCAUCCCACUCAAGCUUCCCAUCCCGUUCCUCAUCCCACCACUUCUCCUCGUAUUGAGAGUUCUGCUCGUUGGGGACUUUGUGGUGCCACUUCUCAUCACUCUCUCUGCCACUGCGACCUCUCUGAUAUUCAUCUCUCUCCCGACCGACCGACGACAACGAGCCGCAUUUAUUGAGACGAGAACCUGUGUGGAGAAAAGGUUGGAGAUGAAGGAGGGAAAUCAGCAACAGGAACGCCUACUUCUAUCCGUUCUCCCACGUCACGUCGCCGUCGAAAUGAAAGCUGAUAUUGCUGAUAGUCGAAAUUCUUCUGGAAAAACGGAAAUGUUCCACAAAAUUUACAUCCAACGCCAUGAUAAUGUGUCAAUCCUCUUUGCCGAUAUUUGCGGCUUCACUACGCUGGCAAGUCAAUGUUCAGCUGAAGAACUGGUACGGCUGCUCAACGAGCUUUUCGCCAGAUUUGAUUCCCUGGCCCUCCAAAAUCACUGUCUCCGCAUAAAAAUCCUUGGAGAUUGCUAUUACUGUGUGAGCGGACUCCCCGAAUCGCGUUUGGACCACGCGAGCAAUUGCGUGGAAAUGGGUUUAGAUAUGAUUGAAGCUAUAAAACUUGUUCGUUCAUCGACGAAAGUAAAUGUAAACAUGCGGGUCGGGAUUCACUCGGGCCGGGUACUCUGUGGCGUUUUGGGGUUGAGAAAGUGGCAAUUCGACGUCUGGAGUAACGAUGUUACAUUGGCGAAUCACAUGGAAAGUGGUGGAAUACCAGGCCGGAUUCAUAUCACAUCAGAAACGUUGGCAUGUCUGAAGUCCGACUACAUUGUCGAACCUGGUCUAGGUCAAGAGCGCGACUCUUUUCUCAGGGAUUACAACAUUACGACGUGGUUGAUUGUGGGCAGCAAGCGACCUGUUGUGAAGGAUGUAGUCAAGCUAGAGGAUGAACAAGUACUUAGCAAAGAGUUGAGGUUAAUGGGCGUUGGGGUUGGUGGAUCCAGUGGAUGUGGGGACUCAGGGUCUAAAAAAACUACUCAAGACGAACUUAAUGAGUAUCUUUCACGCGCUAUUGACGCCAGAUCCGUUGAUAGAUUGACCAAGCAGAAUAUUCACGGCGUAUUUCUUGUAGGAUUUAGGGAUCCUGGAUUGGAAGAUGGGUACACCGCUACCCCCGACGCUCAAAUCAAGUUAUACUUCUUGUCCAGUAUACUCAUCGACCUAGUGAUUGGUCUACUGUUCGCGAUCAGCUUUGGAUUCGAUUGGUGCUUGGGAGCUGCUCUUAUACUCAUAACUUCCAUCCACUUUGGAAUUUUGUUCAAAAUUGAAGAUCUUAAGAAAAUGUGGCAGAGCUUGUUGGCAGUGGGGGUGGUUGCAACACAGGUUGCAGGAGUGAUUGCUGCAAAUUGGUGGUACAGAUACCACUCAGAUGUUGGGGCGAUGUCUCCUUCAAACUUGACAUUAAAUUACAAUACGUUGGAUUUUACCAAUUCUACCUUCUCCUUAGACUUUAUAAAUGAGACUUUAUCUGACCCUGUUGUUACUCAACCUGAUCACGCCUCGUAUUUAAUGACAAUACCCACCACCACAAUUAUCCUAGUUUCUCUGGCGGCUUAUCAAGUAAUCCCAUCCUCUUGGAAGAUCUUAACUACGCUUAGCUUAACCAUAGUAAUAAUAUUCGCCCUGCCUGACGAGUACUCUCAUUUCAUGUGGAUCCACCACUUGACCCUUUUUCUCACACUAGCCCUCCACGCCAAGCAAAUGGAGUCAACUGGGAGGUUAGACUACUUAUGGAGGGUGCAAGCUGGGGAGGAAAAGGAUGCAAUGUCGUCACUUCAAGCGUACAAUAGAAAAUUACUCGCUAAUAUUUUACCGUCCCACGUGUGCGACCAUUUCCUAACCAGUGUCAAUUUGGAUCUCUACUCGUCAUACUGCCCCUCCGUCUGUAUAUUAUUUGCAUCUAUUCCAAACUUUUGGGAGUUCUAUGUUGAACUUGAAGCAAAUAAUGAAGGGGUCGAAUGUUUGCGUCUGUUGAAUGAAAUAAUGUCAGAUUUUGACGAGAUUCUCAGCGACGAGGCAGAAUUUGGAUUUGUGGAAAAAAUUAAGACGACAGGGAGCACUUAUAUGGCUGCUAGUGGACUCACUCCCACAACUCGAGACCUCAAAACUCAUAAGCAUAUCUUGCAAAUGGCCAACUUCUCAUUAAGACUGCGCUCCCAGUUGAACACAAUUAAUCUUCACUCUUUCAACAAUUUCAAAAUGCGGAUCGGAAUGAAUGUGGGGCCAGUUGUUGCAGGGGUCAUUGGUGCCAGGAAGCCACAGUUCGACAUCUGGGGCGAUACCGUCAAUGUAGCCUCGAGGAUGGACUCCACAUGUCCAUUGGAUAAGAUACAAAUCACACAAGAUUUGGCACAUAUUCUCGAGUCAACCAAUUUAUACAAAAUUACUCCUCGAGGAACAAUCCAAGUUAAAGGAAAAGGAAGCAUGACGACACUGUACUUGGAUAGUUGAUAGCCCAAAAUUAUAUAAUCAAACCGAAAUACCCUCACUUCAGGAAACAUACAAUGCAGGCAGACUUCAUUUAGCCUGAGUCAGGGAUAUACAUUUUCCCAUAUCCAGAAUCCAAAAUUUAAGCUCUUUUCAACCAAUUUUAAAAAGUGGUGCGGUCACUCUGCUCUCGGAUUUGACUUCAUUUUUGUUUGGUUUGAUUUGUACCUACCCUGUGAUACUAAAUUUCAAGUUUCCACGAAAAUUUAUAAAAUAUGGUGCUAUUUACUCCCUCCCACUUGCAAGGCCCUAAUCGGUCAACCAUUUGACCGAUUGGGCUCAUCUUCUGUAUUUUUGUCUCAUACAGACAUGAUUAAAAUUUCAACUCUGUUGGUUCAGCCAUUUUAUUUCUAUCAUGUCUCGGACGAACAAAGUAUUGAUUGUCGAUCGAGUACGUAGAUGAUUGAUUCUAGAUAAGGUGCGAUUUUAUGAAGAUUAGUUCCCAGCACUUAUGCAAUAAUCACGCUCGGUGAUUGUAGAACAAAAUACAACAUUUUAAGUAGUCACAUGUUCAAUUCAGAUGCCAAAUUUUAUUCCAAUAAAGAAUGUGCAUAAUUUAUUAAUUUAUUCUUGUGAUAACCAAAUAAAUUAUUAUUCGAAUUGGA